AUGUACCGACAAGCUGCUGUGCUAACUCGUCCUGUCGCGGCGGCCCCAAAGCUGAAGACCAACUAUCCGGCGGGGCCUAUGCAGGCCCCUCUGACAAUUGCGGAUCCCCUGGCCGCCAGUAUUCGAAAUCGCACCAUGGCGGCGGCACUAAACAUAUUCAAAAAGGGUAAAUCUUCCAGGAAAUUUCACCUUUCAGACUUGGUCGAGAUGCCAGGCCCCGCAGACCAGCCAGCACAGCCGACCGCAGGCCACCGCCGCACUGAGCGUGAAGGCCAGGUCAACCCAGUCGCCCCUGCGCCCGUUCAGAGCAGUCGGUACGGCACGUACGGCAUUCUGCCUGAAACGCGGGGCCCUGGCCAUCAGCCAGCGGCAUUUGGUCCAGGUCCACAGCCCCCGCCGACAGUAGCCACGGCAGGUGCAGUGUCGGCAACGGCGGCAGCGGCGGCGGCAGGGGCGCCGCCAUCCGCCAGGGCUGUCGUACACCCUGAUACUGCCGUUGCUGCCAGCCUCCAUGCCCAGCCAUUGGCUCCAAACCCAGAUGGAAACUCCCACGCUGGCAACGGCAGUACAGGCCGCGGCGCUGGUGAUGGCUGCGGGCCGCUGCUCCCGAGACCAGCAGCACCGCCAGCCGCUGCCACCGCGCCGCCGUCUCCAGUCCUAGGUUUCGGCGCGGGUAUGAACCCCCGGGACUGCAUGCGCCUGAUCCGAAACCGGGUGGCUUCCAUGGUGGAAGCGGACCUAGGGGUGCGACUGAGGCCGCCGGAGGAGGGGGAGCCCUUGACGGCCACCCCGGCUGACAGGGCUGCAGCUGCGAUACCGGUGAAGGCGGGAGCUGCUGCAGGACAAGAACGCCAGCAGCAGCAGCAGCAGCAGCAGCAGCAGCAACAAAAACAAAAGCAAAAACAACAGCAAGGGGCCAGGGCGGUAACCAGCGCUAAUGGGCAUUGGGGCGGGUUGAGACGUGUGGGUUCGGAGGCCAGCGGCGGCGGCCCGCGGCAGAGCGAACGGGAGGGGGCACCACCUUGGCCGGACGUGGGGGACGUAGGUGUCGGUAGGAGAGACAGAGGCGGCGAUAACGGUGCCGGCGGCCUUACCGCGCCCGGUGGUCCGCGCCGCAUUCCGGGUCGUACAGAGCGCCCCGCUGCGGCGCAGCAAGGUGGCCAAGGUCGAAGAGAGCGGCUGUCCGACGGAGGAGGAUCAGGACCGCGAGCUGAUGGUAACGGCGGUGGUGACAGUGGUGGUAGAGGCAGAUUCGGCCGUGGUGAGGCGACAGUUGCUGCUGGGGCCCGCUGGCCAUCACAACUUCGGUGUGCAGUGACGGCAACAGAAGAAGGAGGAGAAGGGAAGGGGGGCGACGGCGGAGAAGGAGAGGCGCAUGGUGACGGGAACCUGGGGACCGCUCUCCGGGGUGGUGGCAGCAUCAAGCGCCGUUGGGGGCAGGGCCGGGGGGCCGCUACGAACCCUCUAGCCAACUCGGUCAGCCCGGCAUCUACACUUCACAGCACGUCUGCCUCUACCGAUGAACGUCGCGGUGCAUCGCCCGGCGAGGAUAGCGGGGAUGAUCUGUGGCGGCGGCGGCGACAUGGCCAGCGACUGCGACCCGUGGGACGGUCCGACUGGCAGUUGCAGGGGGCCAACUCGCCCGGUUCCGGCUCCGAAGCCAGCUCGGGAUCUGACGCGGGCCCUGCGCCGAUGCUGCCGCUUGAGUACCUGGGUGACGGCGGCGGGAGAUGUGGCCGUGGUGGUGCUACUGCCGGCGGCUGCGUUAGCGGCGGCGGCAGUGAGUCGCUAGAUUGUGUGGAUGGGGGCCGUAAACCGAGCCGCUUGGGCGGCCUUUGCCCCUUAUCUCCUCAGUCUUCGGGUCGUUGCCCGCGCCAGCUCAAGCGCCAGCACAAUAUGCGGGAACCGUCAGCUUGUCUCCUGUCACUUAGUACCAUAGGCGGCGGCGGCGGUGCCGAUGCAAGACCCAACGGUCAGCUGUACGGCAAGCGCCGUCGGCAUGACCGUUCAUCCUUAGCAGCAGCACCAGCAGCGUCAGGGCAGGUUUACAACAGCGGCGACUUGUCCUACCCGGGCAGCUCCGAGUGGCGACAAGGUGACCCCGGGGUCACUUGGGGCGACGACGAGUACGACAAGUACGGCGACGACGGCUCAGCGGGACUACAUGGAAGACCCGGGAUAAGUGCCCCCUGCAGGUGGGACGGGGAGGGCGAGCACUUCUUGCUCUUGCAGGGGCAGGACUUUGCUGCUGGGAAGCUGCACUGCGGACUGGGAAGCCAGCAUGAUGGCUGGGGGCCUGGUGAGGACGGGUCGGUAGGGCGGGGCGGCCGGGGCGGGACAGCGGCGGGGGGCCCUGGCCGACAGAGGCCCCUAGAGGAGCAGAUGGACUGGGAGGCGGAGGUGGCACCUGAGGGGCUCCUCCGGCGCCAUGAGACGUGCGGAGGUCGUACCGUUGGCCGUCUGGAUGAUGAUGAGGAGGGCGAGGAGGAGGAGGAAGAGGAGGAGGAGGAAGGGUUUCCUCCUCGGGCGCCCGUUAGGCUUGGGUCGUGUAUGGCGGAGGCUGUCGGGAUGUGGGGGAGUGGCGGCAGCAUGGCGCCUGUGGGUUUCACCCGGGGGAGCGGGGCCGCGUGUCUUCACCGCCGCGACGGCGGUGGCAAUGGCGGCGGAAGCGUGUUGCGGGAUUUUGCAUUGGGGGAGCUGAGGGUUGCGGAGGAGGGGGAGGAGGGGGAGGAGUGGGGGGGAGAAGAAGUAGAAGGGCAGGCGGGCGACUCUCUGGUGCUGCUUGGCAGUGCUGGGAGGCAGCAGGGCCGGACCCGACAGCGGCAUCAGAGGCGGCAGUUGCUGCUACUGCCAGCAGCUCCCCGGUAUCCCGAGUCCGCCGCCGCCGCCGCCGCCGGGUGGCUCCAGCGCCAUGAAGGCCCAGGUCAACCCCGGGGUGCGGCCUCACAGCAACGGAACCUCCUCGGGCUCGAGGACUGGUCCCGGCAGCUGACUGGUGCUGGUGAUGGUGAUGGGGACAAAGACGGUGAUGGGGAGGACGUCUGGUACCCCGCCUGCGACAUUGGCGGCGGUCAUGGCGGCGGCGGCGACGGUGUUCACGGCGCCGCAGCCACCGGCGGUACACGAUAG